GCUCGCCGCCCGCCAGCAGCCAACCUGUGCCCGUGACGCCGCCGCCCGCCAACCCGGAAGGCCACGCUGCCCCCCGGCUGCCCCCCGGGCCGCCCGCCGCCCAGAUUCUGAAGACGAGCUGCAGCAUCGGUAAUCUGAGGAAGGGAGUUCUCUCUCAAGACUGGAAGAAGAUACCACUAACUGACUGGAGGCCAAGAACAGAGUGCAGCACUGGCUGUAGGUAAACAUCAAUUUUCAGUAAAGGCAAAAAUCAAAAUGGCAUAUACUGGUACCUUAACAUGGGGAACCUUCUAAAAGUUUUGACAUGCACAGACCUUGAGCAGGGGCCAAAUUUUUUCCUUGAUUUUGAAAAUGCCCAACCUACAGAAUCUGAAAAGGAAAUUUAUAAUCAGGUGAAUGUAGUGUUAAAGGAUGCAGAAGGAAUACUGGAAGACUUGCAGUCAUAUAGAGGAGCUGGCCAUGAAAUACGAGAGGCAAUACAGCAUCCCAAUGAUGAGAAGCUACAAGAAAAGGCAUGGGGUGCAGUCGUACCACUAGUAGGCAAACUAAAGAAAUUCUAUGAAUUUUCUCAAAGGCUAGAGGCAGGACUGCGAGGCCUGCUGGGGGCCCUGACAAGCACUCCCUACUCACCGACGCAGCACCUGGAGCGAGAGCAGGCUCUUGCCAAGCAGUUUGCAGAAAUCCUUCACUUUACACUCCGGUUUGAUGAACUCAAGAUGACAAAUCCUGCUAUACAGAAUGACUUCAGUUACUACAGAAGAACUCUGAGCCGUAUGAGGAUUAACAAUGUCCCAGCAGAGGGAGAAAAUGAAGUAAAUAAUGAGUUGGCAAACAGAAUGUCUUUAUUUUAUGCUGAGGCAACGCCAAUGUUGAAAACCUUAAGUGAUGCUACAACAAAGUUUGUGUCAGAGAAUAAAAAUUUACCAAUAGAGAAUACUACAGAUUGCUUAAGCACCAUGGCCAGUGUGUGCAGGGUCAUGCUGGAAACCCCUGAAUACAGAAGCAGGUUUACAAAUGAGGAAACAGUAUCAUUCUGUCUGAGGGUAAUGGUGGGUGUCAUCAUACUCUAUGACCAUGUGCAUCCAGUGGGUGCUUUUGCCAAAACUUCAAAAAUUGAUAUGAAAGGAUGCAUCAAAGUUCUUAAAGACCAGCCUCCUAACAGUGUAGAAGGCCUUCUAAAUGCUCUCAGGUACACAACAAAGCAUUUGAAUGAUGAGACUACCUCCAAGCAAAUAAAAUCCAUGUUGCAAUAACAGUUACCUGGAACUCGCACCUGCUGUAGACAGACAGUAUUCUGCAAUGACUGAGAUGCACAGAGUUUUUUUUUUAGUGAUUGCAACUACUAUCUCGUUCAUUCUUGCUUUUUAUUUUCUCUCUUCCAGUUUACCCUUUUUUUUUUUAAUUACUUUCUUGUUCUUAAGCAAGCUCAGACUUCUUUUCUGUGCCAAAUCAAUGAAAAUUAUCAAUUCUGGAAAGUGUUUCUACUUUUCAGAAUAGCCAUCCUAAGUGGCAGCUAAUUAUGCGUUGCAUUUGGAUUUCUCUGUACUGGGGAAAGAUUUGUGACUUGAACUAAAUAUUUUUAGACUUGUGGGGUUUUUUUUUCUUUUUUUUUUUUUUGAAAAACUAAUAUUUAAUAUUGCUUCUCCUGCAUGGCAAAACUGCCUACUUCUGCUAUUUAAAAAAAUCCCUUGAUGACUUCAUUUUCUAUUGCAUCUUAUUUUCAUGUGCAACCAUGAGGAAACUAAAAGCAGAUUUGUUUAAAUUAACUGUGUUUGUACAAAAUGGUACCCAACACAAAGGUUUUUUUAAAUGAGUAAAAACUGUUUUGUUUAAAAGUUACGUUUGCAUUUUGACUCAUUUUUGUAAGGAUGUAUGUUGUAUGUUUAACCUUUAAUAACUAACGUUCAACUGUGGUGUGUGCGUAGCAAAAUUACGUAUGCAUGUUCAUGUCAAACGAUUGGCUGUGGAUAAGAUAAUAAAAUCAGCUUUCAUUUUUCUAAGUGUGGUUUGAUUUACCAGUAUUUUGAGUGAGAUGUCUUCGUGCUCUUUGGAUUUUUACAAAAAAAAUAAAUUUAUAAAUUUUAUAUAGUGAAAA